GCACUUUUUGAGCAAUAAUUUCAAAUUUGUUAAUUUUAAAAAUACAUUUUAAUAAAAUUUAAUUAGAUAAAUAUAUUGAAAUAAGCAUGAGCAAACGCAAUAUUCUUGGCAUAUUUAUUGUCGUAGCAAUUCCCAUUUACUUCACAAUGAAGACGAUAAAACGCAACACAAAUUAUCCUCUUGUUAAUUGAACGGCCACCACGAAUUUUGCAAUAAGCAUGAAAAAGCGGUCUUCACUAUUCAUUUUUUUUUUCUCACAUAUUUAUUGUUUUAUAACUUGCUAUAUAGUGCGCCGAUUAUCUCAGUUUAAUAUAUAUAUAUAUAAUUAUAUAUAUACUCGGAAGCUUCAUUACGGUUAUCGGUGUGGACUUUCUAUAUUGACCCAUUGCGUUCUGCUCUGAUGCCGUCUAAGCACCGCACAGAUAAGGCACACUUCUUUUGCACUUCUUCAGAUGUCGGAUCCUAUAUGUAUUUUGGUUUAUAUAGCGCCGAUGUGGUCAGCAGCAGUUGCAGUCUCAUUGCAAAUAUGAAGUACGAGUAUUUGUUGCCUACAGCAAUUGGAUUGCUGUUGUGCCUCGCCAGUGUGCACGCCAAGCCAGAGAUGUGCAAUGAGCAGCACUCGAUGUCGGGCAUGGCACAGGAUGGUGCAGCCUGCAUGGCCUACAUGCCCAGCUGGACCUACGAUGCCGCCAAGAAUGCCUGCGUCGAGUUUGUAUUUGGUGGCUGCGGUGGCAAUAAAAAUCAAUUUGGCAGCAAAGGUGAAUGCGAAACGGCUUGCAAGGACUAAGUUGGAAGCACACCGUCAAACCAGUCUCAAGUGCUGGCAAAACCCAGCGCAAAGGCGAAUAAACAAUAACAAACAAAAAAAAAAAAAGGAAUUAUAUAA